AUGGGGUCUGGAGGCUCCACGGAUUCAAAGAAAAAAGGUGAAGAGAAGUACAAGCCGGAGGAAGAUGCCACGGCCAGCGCGGAGGUGGCGCAGGCUGCAAAACCUCGACGCUUGAAGAAGGCUGCAACUCGAGCGCGGCUCGAGGAGCGCAGCACUUCACCUCGUCCCCCAGAUGCCGCAGACAAGGAGCCCACGGUUCCGGCCACUGAGGUGCGUCCUUGCGACAGCUGUGGUGAGAUGAGAAAAACAACCAACUUUUCCCGUGGUGACGAGUCCCAAUGGCUUUGUGCCGCUUGCCAGCUCACCAAUGGAGGUUUGGCCUUCGGCGCAAGACAAAAGCAGAAGAGGCUCAACGCGACCUCAGCGUUGAAGCCGCAACCUGUGUUUAGACGGCAGAACAGUGACAAGCAGCUCAGGAGCAAGCUGAGUGUCUUCUCGGAUGAUGACAGCGAAAACAGAUCAAACAUUGGAAGGGAGAGAAGGCGCGGCAGAUGUAAGACCAACAAUAACGACGCUGGUCUAGCGAGCAACAGCCUGGCACCCCCAGAUGCUGACAGCGGCACGCCGCAGAGAAGAGCAAAGCUGAUGCGGGCGAAUACCGCGAACCUUAGCGGUAUUGGCAAGGGGAGCACCGUCAGCAGCGAAGGGAGCCAGGCCAUGGAAGCGAAGGAAGUCUUGACGAGCGUCAAAGAGCCCAAGGCCGGUGAGCGGAAGAAGGCACCCGAGAAGCCUGGGUCGGCAGAGCUUUCCGACGGAGAGGGCGUCAAGGUGCCACCGCUGCCUCAGCGGACGUUGCCUGGCGGCUUCACAGUAGGCGAGAGAGCGGUGACGCUCAUUUCUAGAGAGGCACCGAAUCAGACGCUCAUCAUGGAAUUGGGCCAAGAGGGAAACAUUGUCGGUGCAGUGGAGCGUCGCUUCGGAGGCGAGGUGGACCUCCGCCUGCUAGUCCAGUUUCCUCGUGGAGUUUGUUGGUGGCUCUCGCCGCUCCAGAUCAGUCAGCCUGCUCAAUUUGGUGCAGCGCGCGCUGCCGGAAUAUUUGGAUUCAACUGGGGUAGCCGGGUGAAGUCUCUAGUGACUUUGCUGAACCCGCCCGCCGAGCAGCCACACCAGGAGUUGUGGCUGGGCGAUGAAGGUACGGUAGUCGGCCCAUCCGUGGUCAAAGGCAAGCUCGCUGUCCGCUUUGACAACGGCAUCGGCGAGUGGAGCAUAUGGCCCUGCCUCGUUUGCAAGACGGAGGCCUAUGAGGAGACCAUUCAAGAAAAGGUCCAGGGUUUUGCUCGGGGCGACCGCGUCCGAAGCUUGGGCCAAGUCUUCGGCUCUCGCAGCUUUGACGAGACCAGGCUAGCGGUGGCGGAAGGAGAAGAGGGCACCGUCGUCGGACCUGGUCAUGCUGCUGGCAAGGUCCUGGUGCACUUCGACGCUGACGAUCGAGUCUGGAGUCUGGAUCCGAAACAACUGGAAUCUACAUCGAGCUGUUUAUAA